CUGAAUCCAUUGGUCCUCCAGCAGAUCUCUACAUCCAGAGUCUGAUGGUCUGAUCCUGGCCUCUGUUGCUGCGUCCAGUUUGAGCUCCAAUGCUCUCGCUGUGACCCAUCAGUAUUCAAGACUCCUCCAGAAACCCUUCAUCUCCUCAACAUGGACAUCGGCGGCCUCACCACGGUGGUGGCCAACUCUGCCUACAUCUCCGCCCGCGGCAGCUUUGAUGGCACGGCCAACCCGGCGUCCAACCGAGACAAGAAAUACCACUCCAAGCUGAAGCUGCCGCACAUCACUGUCUGUGAAGAUCUCCGGGAAACCCUGGAUCUGCAGUUCAGGAGCAUCUGUGUGGAGCAACCCAUCGGGAAGAGGCUUUUUCAGGAGUAUCUGGAGACCGCCAAUGAAUACAAGGGCCCCUGCCGUCUGUGGAGGGAUGUAGAGGAAUAUGACACAGCCGAGGAUAAAGACCGCACUCAGAAAGCUGCGAAAAUCCUCCAGCGCUACAUGGAGCCCUCAGCCAAACACUUCUGUCCGUUUCUACCAGAGAAUGGCAUCACCAAAGUCAAGGAGCGGCAUCAGGAGGCGGCGGACGACCUGUUCGUGGAGAUCCUGGCCUGCGUCUUUGAUUUCCUCAAGGAGGUGCCGUUCACGUUCUAUCUAGAGACCAUGUACUUUAAGCGCUUCAUGCAGUGGAAGUGGCUGGAGAUGCAGCCGGUGGCCGAGGACUGGUUCCUGGACUUCCGUGUUUUGGGAAAAGGAGGAUUCGGAGAGGUUUCCGCGUGUCAGAUGAGGGCCACGGGGAAGCUGUACGCCUGCAAGAAACUCAACAAGAAGAGGCUGAAGAAGAGGAAAGGCUAUGAGGGAGCGAUGGUGGAGAAGCGUAUCCUGGCUCGUGUCCACAGCAGGUUUAUCGUGUCUCUGGCCUACGCCUUCCAGACCAAAACUGAGCUGUGUCUGGUGAUGACCAUCAUGAACGGAGGAGACCUCAGGUACCACAUCUAUAACGUGGAUGAGAAUAACCCCGGCUUCUCUGAGCCCAGAGCCUGUUAUUACGCCGCUCAGAUCAUCCAGGGCCUGGAGCAUCUGCACCAGAAGAAGAUCAUCUACAGAGACCUCAAGCCGGAGAACGUGCUGCUGGACAAUGAAGGUAACGUCAGGAUCUCUGACCUGGGUUUGGCUGUUGAACUGGCAGAAGGACAGGAGAAAACUAAAGGUUACGCUGGAACUCCAGGGUUCAUGGCGCCGGAGCUGUUGAAGGGUGAGGAAUAUGAUUAUUCAGUGGAUUACUUCACUCUGGGGGUCACGCUGUACGAGUUCAUCGCCGCUAAAGGACCCUUCAGGACUCGAGGAGAGAAGGUGGAGAAUAAAGAGGUGAAGAAGAGGAUCCUGAAUGACCCGGUCACAUAUUCAGAGAAGUUCAGUGAAAACGCAAAGUCCAUCUGUGAGGGUCUGCUGGCCAAAGAGGUGGACAAGAGACUGGGCUUCAAGAACGGCACAUGUGACGAGAUCCGCACGCAUCCCUUCUUCAGCCAACUCAACUGGAGGAAACUAGACGCAGGUAUUCUUCCUCCUCCUUUCAUCCCGGACUCUAAGACGGUCUAUGCGAAGGAUCUAGAUGAUGUGGGCGCGUUCUCCACAGUGAAGGGCGUCUGUCUGGAGGAUGAUGAUAAGUGUUUCUGCGAUGAGUUUGCGUCAGGGAAUAUCUCCAUUCCGUGGCAGGAGGAGAUGAUCGAGACGGGGAUCUACGGCGAGCUGAACGUCUGGGGGCCUGGAGGCGCUGUGCCCAAUGACCUGCGCCGGGAGUCCAUCCUGGAGCAGCCGCCCAAAUCCUCCACCUGCAGCGUCUCAUAAUGCACUGUAGCAAUGCUGGAUUCCACACAGUUCCUACACUAAUCCAUUAGGAUAACUCAAUGGACUCUCUUCACAACUCCAGGUUUCUCCACAGCAGAAGUGCUCAUAGUCUGUAAACUCAGAGUGGUGUUACCAAGACCUCCAGACAGAGGAAAACAAUAGUGUGAGACUGCGUUACACACACCUCACACAAGCAGUUAUUCGCUU